AAUUGGUCUAUUGAACGUGGCUCGCCAUAGCUAAGGUUCGCAGCAUGCAUGGCGGGAGCCAGGGCUCCAGAUCACAGAUCACAGCUUAUCCGCGUUAUCAUCAAGUCGUGCCUUCCAUUCCAUCUGUCACCGCGUCCGAAAUAAAACGCGACAUCAGCCUACAAUCGACAGCGAUUUUAGGCUUUGAUUUGUUGCCCUUAAACACAGAACAAUGUGACUCAGCUGCUGCUUGUUGCAGACGGUGGAUUCAAUUAAAAAUGAAAGUGGUACAUUCGUGUAAAUAUCAAUUCGGAGUUCAAAAGUGACUCAGAAAUACCGAAUCUCAUAAAUGGAUUUCAAAUCAGAUAAAAUGGUAAUCAAUCAAUCAAUGUGAUAAUCAACGCAUAAAUAAUCAAUUUCCUCAACUGUUCAACAUAAACAUCGAAAAUGGACUAUGAUCUGAUUGCAAACUUAAGUUGGAAUGUGACAUUCAACACUGACAUCGCCCCGGAUGAAUCAAUGUCUAUGAUCUUCCAUGAAAUCGUCUUUUCCGUUAUAUGCCUAGUGGGCAUCAUCGCCGACGGAUUAAUAAUAUACAUCUUACAGCGUUUUAAAAACAUGCAGAGCUCCACGAACGUUUAUAUUGUCAACUGGUUGAUUAGUGAUGCGGUCUACUUACUGUUGACGCCAUGUUUUUAUCGCAUAUUCUCUGCGUUGGAGGACCUCUUCAUCGGUGAAGAAAUCGUCUGUAUUUCGUUUGAGUUCGCGUCGGUAUUGCAAAUAACAAGUAUUGUUUUCAUCGGCGUGCUGUGCAUAAACUGGUUCCUCACCGUGUACACAGUGCGUUUCGGACGUUUUUCGCGUAUUGUCGUCGUCGGAGUAUGGCUAGCGGCGGCUGCAAGCAUCGUUACCUUCUCCAGUUUUUGCGUGCAGCAAUUAUAUUCACUAUACUCGCAUUACAUUCUGUUUUUCGGUUACGCUGCGCUCAUGUGCACGGUGGCGGCGAUGCACGUGGCGCGGUACACGACGCGGUGGUGCGACGCCCACGACAAACUGAGACUUAAUCUGACACUCGUCACCGUCUACGUGAUUUGCUGGUUUCCAAGCUGGUUGUGUCUGCUCAUCGCCAGCGUCAUCGAGAGUUACCUUUUACUUUAUUAUCUCUCUAUAAUUGCCGCAUGUUUGGGGUAUUUAAAUCCACUUGUUAAUGUGUAUGUCUUCGCAAAAGUGAACAAAAACUUCCGAAUGUGUUUAUUGCAAGUUUUUCGAUUUGUUCAUCGAGACUAUGAUGACGCCGCCCAGAGUUUUGAAGAUUCAGAUGAUAAUUUUAAUAAUAUACAUGUCGAUAUGCAUAAUGUACAUCAUAUUUAAAUAUUUUUUUAAAAUAAAAAUUUAAUUAUUUA